AUGAAGAUAGACGCUGAGAUGGUGAGGAAAAACUAUACAGCAGUAACUACUUUCAUCUUGCUGGGAUUGACAGAUGACCCCAAACUACAAAUUGUAGUUUUCCUAUUUCUGUUUCUCACCUACAUGUUGAGUGUGGCUGGAAACAUCAUCAUUAUCGCUCUCACACUUUUGAAUCCCCAUCUUAAGACUCCCAUGUAUUUUUUCCUGCGAAAUUUCUCUUUCUUAGAGGUCUCCUUUACCACUGUUUGUAUUCCCAGAUUCCUGUACAUGCUGACAACAGGAGAUAAUACUGUUACUUACAAUGCUUGUGCCACCCAACUGUUUUUCAUUGUCCUUUUCGGAGCCACAGAAUUUUUCCUUCUGGCUGCCAUGUCCUAUGACCGCUAUGUGGCCAUCUGCAAGCCCCUGCAUUACACAACCAUCAUGAACAACAGGGUCUGCACAGCACUCGUUCUCUCCUGUUGGUUCGCUGGUUUGUUGAUCAUCCUCCCACCUCUUAGCCUAGGCCUCCAGCUGGAAUUCUGUGACUCGAAUAUCAUUGAUCAUUUUGGUUGUGAUGCUUCUCCCAUCCUACAGAUAACCUGCUCAGACACAGUGUUCAUAGAGAAAAUUGUCUUGAGUUUUGCCAUCCUGACACUCAUUAUUACUCUAGUAUGUGUCAUUCUCUCCUAUACAUACAUCAUCAAGACCAUCCUAAAGUUCCCUUCUGCCAAACAAAGGAAAAAGGCCUUUUCCACCUGCUCUUCCCACAUGAUCGUGGUCUCCAUCACCUACGGCAGCUGCAUCUUCAUCUACAUCAAGCCUUCAGCUAAGGAAGGAGUGGCCAUCAACAAGGUGGUGUCUGUGCUCACAACCUCAGUCGCCCCUUUGCUGAACCCAUUCAUCUAUACACUUCGGAACAAACAAGUGAAAGAAGCUUUCAAAGACACAGUAAAGAUGAUUAUAUUUCUCAUGAAGAAAUAG